GUGGGCUGGUUCACGUGUGCAGACCUCGUAAAUAGCAGUAUUUCUGACAGCCCUGGAAGGCACCACAAGUCCAUCCUCCCCAUCAGCAGUCCGGUCAACAACAUUUCUCCUGCAGGACUCUCCGGCACAAAAAAAAACUUCACCGACUCUUUGCAGUUCAAACACCCCGACAUGGAUGCACUCAAGUCGGCUGGGAGAGCCAUCAUCCGGAGCCCGAGCAUGGUGAAGCAGUCCUGGACAGCCGGCAGACACAAAAAGCUCCCAGAGAACUGGACAGACACACGGGAGACCAUCGUUGAGGGCAUGACCUUUAACCUCCGUCACCUCGGCAUGACACUGGUGGACCAGCCCAAGGGAGAGGACCUGUCAGCUGCAGCAGUAAAGAGGAUCGUGGCCACGGCUAAAGCCAGUGGGAAGAAGCCUCAGAAGGUUGCUCUCAAGGUUUCCCCUCAGGGAAUCGUCCUGAACGACAGCUCGACCAACAAACUCCUGGAAAAUGUCUCCAUAUACAGAAUAUCCUACUGCACGGUGGACAAACUGCAUGAUAAAGUGUUUGCUUAUAUCGCUCAAAACACCCUCAAUGGGACCCUGGAGUGCCACGCCUACCUCUGCUCCAAGAGGAAAGUGGCUCAGGCGGUGGCUUUGACAGUAGCCCAGGCCUUCACAGUAGCUUUUGAACUCUGGCAAGUGGCCAAAGAAGAGAAAGGGAAAAGAGUGAAGUCCGGUUCGGCCGGAGAGGCCAGCAGUAGUUCCCAUUCGGAGAGAUCGAACAGCGUGGGGAGCCUGAAAGGAACAGAUGUUGCCACGGACAACCUGCUGGACAUUGACGACGGUGUGAAUGUGGUCGUGGAGGCCAACGGGAAUGUAGAGGAGCAUCAGCUGGAUAACCACAGACCCUCUGAGACCAACAAUAACCCUGCAUGUGAAAUGGAAGAUGGUUUGGAUGAAGCCUUUUCAAGACUGGCAGUGUCGCGUACUAACCCCCAGGUCUUGGACAUUGGGGUGACGCCCCAAGACUGGCUCACUGAACCCGACCUGGACACCGCCAACGGAAACACUCCCAACGACCUCAGUCCAUUCGGGGACGACAUCUUCGGCUUCUGACCACCAACUGCAAGAGAGAGAGAGAGACGACAACAACAGAGAGUGGGGAGGGGGUGUUUCUAAGUCUUCCUAUGAAUUAACAAGGCAUCACUGUGUAUUUAAGACGAGGCUGCAGUAAGUCCAUGAGGGAAUAAGUGUAGAGUUGUGAGGUAACGUUUGGCCUCCUCAGCUUGUUGUUGCACUCUUCACAUGGACAAUUCUUCCCUUCUUUGUGGAAACAACACAGACUGCUGCCCUGCACACCAAAGCAAUAAUAUCAUCCUUUAAAGGUUCCUUCAUCUGUCCUGUUAUUACACCACAAACAUCCUUACAAACUUAUGGCACCUUUUUGUUGUCCUUUGCAUCAUACUCUGUGUGUUUUGUAUAUGUGUGUAGUUAUAAUUUAUAGAUUUAUAAUUAUUUUUGUAUGGAUGAAGAGUAGGAUUUAAUUCAGACUGAUGUACAGACUGUAUCAACAGGCCUUAAUAACAGCGGGACAAUCAGCCACACUUUAUCUUUAUGUUUCAGAGGAUUUGACCUUCCACCACCUUGGAUGUUAACUGUUGUUUUACGUCUAAAUAUGUGAAAAUCAAGCUAGUUGUUGUAUUUAUAUGAACCCUUUUCAUAGCAGUGGCUCCUUCGGGAUAUGUUGUUACAGGCAGUGUUUUUUUUCCACUGCAGUGUUAACGGCGCUCUCUUGAAUGAAGCCCAGAUGUGUUCAACGUUAUCGGAUUCCUUUGUGGCUAUUUCAUGUACAUUGUAAUCUACCGGCAUUAUACAGAAUUAAAAUAUA